AUGAUCUCCUCUGUCCCAGAGACUAUGUACCUGCUCGUCUUCCUCCUCUUCCUGGCCCCAUUUUCAGUUCAGUCACAUGUCCAGUCUGUACCAGUAAGUCAGUAUGUGAACUCUCGGAAGACUAUCUGCAAUUUUGUGUGUGAUUUCUGGGACUGCUUUGAUGAAAGCCAUUGUGGUUACCACAAAGAGUCUCCUGCCCUGGGUGCCCCUUUCACCUGUGACUUUGAGCAAGACAGCUGUGGCUGGCAGGACAUCAGUACUUCUGGCUACCGAUGGCUCCGGGACCGGGCAGGGUCAGCCUUCAGGAAUCCAGAGCCCCACACUGACCACACAUUUGGCACUGACCUGGGCUGGUACAUGGCUGUAGGCACUCAUCAAGGAAAGGAACCAGCUAUAGCUGCCUUGCGCUCCCCCGUCCUCCAUGAGGCAGCCCCAACCUGUGAAAUAAGGCUCUGGUACCAUGGAAAUAUCCAAGAUGUGGCUGAUCUUCGAAUGGAGCUAACACACAACUCAGAGACACUCUUGUUGUGGCAAAGUAUAGGGCAACUGGGAGGAAAUGACUGGCAAGAGCUUGUGGUGGCCACAGGCCGUGUUCAGGGAGAUUUCUGGGUCACUAUCUCUGCUACACGUAAUGCCACACAUAGGGGAGCCAUGGCCCUGGAUGAUGUGGAGUUCUGGAACUGCGGCCUCCCUUCCUCUCAGAAUAGCUGUACCAGAUACCAACACCACUGUAACAACCAUGCCUGUGUGGAAUUGACUGAGCUGUGUGAUGGGGAGGACAACUGUGGGGAUGCCUCUGAUGAGGACCAAGUCUCCUGCAGUGAAGGUGACAGUGGGAAGGGGAUGGUGUGGUAUAGUAGGGGAGAGACAAUGGCUGAGAGAGGAGGAAUGAGCCCUUCUUUCCCAUCUGCAGUUGACUAUAAAGUGACAGACUUUGAGAAUGGGCUAAAUCACUGGACAAACACUACAGGGUGGGUGAUAACCCAAGGUUCUGAAGCCUCUGUUGCCUCCGCUGAGCCAGUUCGGGACCACAGCAAGAAUAGUGCAUCAGGAUCUUUUCUACUUUCCAAGGCCGAGCAAGGAAAUCCUGCUGUCCUUGUCAGCCCAGAGUUCCAUCCUUCAAAUACCAAUGGUUGUUUGUUCACAUUCUAUUACUACUUGCAUGGCUCUGAGGAUGGAAGCCUACAGCUGUUUCUGCAGAACCUGGACCCCGACUCACCUCAGACAGAGCUCAUACGGACUCGCCACGGGGAGCUGGGGACUGCCUGGGUUCGGGACAAGGUUGACAUUUACAAGGAGCAUCCUUACCGGAUCCUCCUGAAGGGACAAACUGGGCCUGGAGGAGUUGUGGGCCUCGAUGAUCUGAUAUUAGACCAACACUGCAAACCAGCGAAUAAGACUGAAGAUACUUCUCCCCCAGAAGCCUCUAUUCUUGGACCCUUGACUGCCUUUCCCCUACACCUCCAGAAUAUCACCAAAAUUGGAUCCAGGCUUCAGAGAGACAGUUUCUGUGAACCUGGUCAUUUCUCCUGUGGGGAUUUUUGCCUCCCUCCAGAGCAGCUCUGUGACUUUGUGCCCCAGUGUGAAGGGGGUGUGGAUGAACAGAACUGUGGUGGAACAAACUUUGAGUCAGGUCCUGGGGGCUGGGAGGAUGCCAGCGUGGGUCACCUACAGUGGCAGAGGCUCAAUGUCCAGGAAAACCCUGACCCCAAGACCGACGCUAAAGGGAAUGAAACUGGAUACUUUCUGUUGGUGCAGAGGGCAUGGGGACAGCUGACAGGGGUGGCCCUGGCACGUACUCCUGUUCUAGGUCCAUCUGGUCCAGGCUGUACCCUCAAGAUGGCCUAUUACCUCCAGGGCCAACCCGAAGAACUCUCUUGUAACUUUGAACGGGACUCCUGUGGCUGGUACCCUGAACAUAAAACUGAUGCCCUGUGGCGAAGGGCUUCACGACAGGGCCCAGGCUAUGACCAUACCACCAGCCAAGGCCACUUCAUGUACCUGGAUCCUACCAUGCCUCCUGCCCGAGGAAGAGGUGCCCGUCUCCUCACAGCCCUCCAGGUUCCUCCGACCCACCAUGAGUGUCUCUCUUUCUGGUACCACCUCUAUGGGCCCCAGAUUGGGACGCUAAGCCUGAUGCUGAGACGAGCUGGACAGGCUGAUGUGCACCUCUGGGCACGGACAGGAACUCACGGCAACAAAUGGCACCAGGCCUGGGCCACCCUCUCCCACCCGCCAGAUCCUAUCAUCAAGUACCAGCUGGUGUUUGAGGCUCACAGGAACGGGUACCAUGGCAACAUAGCGGUGGAUGACAUUACUGUGAGGCCGGGUUCCUGCUGGGCCCCUCGGCACUGCUCAUUUGAAAAUUCAGCUUGUGGACUCUUAUCUAGUGGGCAGGGAACCUGGCAGCGACAGGGCAAUGCCACAGACAGCGUCAGAAGGGGUCCACGUGCAGACCACACUACAGAGACCUCUGAAGGGCACUACAUGAUGGUGGACACAAGCCCAAGCGCCCUGCCCCAGGGCCAGACAGCCUUUCUGACCUCAGAAGAAUACUCACCACUAGCCCAACCUGGAUGCUUCACUUUCUGGUAUCAUCUGAGCCUCCAGAAUCCAGGCACACUCCAUGUCUACGUGGAAGAGGACAAGAGACGCCGGGUAUUCAGUGUGAGUGCCCAUGGUGGUUUCACCUGGCGCUUGGGCAGUGUGGAUGUCCAGCCUGAAAAAGCAUGGAAGGUGAUAUUUGAGGCGACUGGUGCUGGAGUAGAACACACAUACAUUGCUGUGGAUGAUCUGCACCUAAAGGAUGGGCCUUGCCCUCAGCCAGGAUCCUGUGACUUUGAAUCAGACAUGUGCAGUUGGAGUCACACACCUUGGCCUGGCCUAGGGGGGUAUAGCUGGGACUGGAGCAGUGGCGCCACCCCCUCCAGGUACCCCCAGCCCCCUGUGGACCACACCCUGGGCACCAAAACUGGUCACUUUGCUUUCUUUGAUACCAGUGUUCUAGGCCCUGGGGGUCGGGCAGCCUGGCUUCGAAGUGAGCCUCUCCCCCCUACUCCCGUGGGUGGUUCCUGUCUUCGAUUUUGGUACCACAUGGGCUUUCCUGAGCAUUUCUACAUGGGCGAAUUGAAGGUCCUUCUACUUAGCUCCCAGGGCCUGCUAACCGUGUGGGGCACUGGAGCAUAUCUGCGCCACCAGUGGCUUGAAGGCUAUGUCCAGGUGACUAGCCCAGUGGAGUUUCAGAUCGUGUUUGAGGCCACCCUGGGAGGCCAACCUGUCCUGGGCCCUAUUGCACUAGAUGACAUCGUGUAUCAGACAGGGCAGAGCUGUGAGCCACCAGUGCCGAACCGAGAGGAAUCUUCAAAACCUUUGACAAUACCUGUGGUGAUGAUCACCUUUUUGGUUGUUCUGAUCCUGGGGUUGCUUGCUUUUGGUGUUUGGCAUCGACUGAAGAAGGGAGGCUACCCUUUCAUGAGGGAGAAAGAGGAGAACAACACUGCCUCUGGCUUUGAUAAUGUGGUUUUCAACUCGGAUCAUGUCACCUUGCCUUCAAUAACAAGUGACCAGUAA